UUCCCUUUGUUGCCCAUGUUCUGAUUCUGGUGCCCUGGUUCCUGGCCCUGCUGGAGUUCUGGUUCCGGAAGGCCUUCGCUGGGUGCCUCGGGCAUGUCCUGCAUCCGCCAGUGCCCGGGGCAAAUGGACAUCCGCAGAGGUGUGGUGAGCCUGGCCACAGGCGCCGGAGCCAUCUACCUCCUCUACAAGGCCAUCAAGGCUGGCAUAAAAUGUCAGCCACCCUUCUGCUCUGCCUCACCCAUCUGCAUCGCCCGUGAGUGUCCCCGCCCUGGGGAGAGGGCUUGGCCCCAGGAGCCUGAACCGGUCUGGGGUGGCUGUCUAGGCCUGGCAAUCGAGCGAGAGCGACACGGGCGGCACUCAGGUGAGCUCCGGAGGCUUCUCAACUCUUUGGAGUGCAAGCAGGAUGCGUACACCAAGAGCAUGAUCCUACACAGCAUCACGCGCUGCGUGUACUUGCUGGAGUCCGAGGCCUCUGCUUGUACUAACGAUGACGUCACGUUGGUGGGCUCCAUGCUGGAUGACAGGGACAACAGUGUCAAAAUCCAAGCCCUGAACACACUUAAAGCUUUCUCUGGCAUCAGAAAAUUCAGGCUCAAAAUCCAGGCAGGAAACCCUUCUCUCCCCGCCCCUCCCCAGGAACACGCCAUCAAGGUGCUGGAACUGAUCUCCACCAUCUGGGACUCAGAGCUGCACAUUGCAGGCCUCAGGCUCCUCAACAACUUCCCGCUGCCUGACUUUGUGCAUCCACAGCUGCGACGGGUGAUGCCUGCCUUGAUGGAGAUUCUGCAGUCGGACUAUAUCCUGGCACAGGUGCAAGCCAUACGAUUGCUGAGCAACCUGGCACAGAAGAACGACCUUCUCUAUGAUAUUCUGAACUGCCACGUACACUCCAACUUCCUGAACCUGUUCCAGUCCACACAGCCUGGGAGUCUGCUGUUUGAGGUCCUGGUGUUUGCAGAGCGGCUGAGCGAAGGCCGGAGUUCACCCCACUACCGCGCCGUGAAGUGGCAUUACAACGAACAGUCUUUACACGAAGCUCUCUUUGGGGACGACUCACGACUGGCAGACCGGCUGCUCGCUUUGGUCAUCCACCCCGAGGAGGAUGUUCAGAUCCAGGCCUGCAAAGUCAUAGUCAGCCUGCAGUGCCCCCAGGACGUGGGGAUCCGGCCUUCCUGCCCACCCAGCCAUUCCUGCUUUAAUAACGGGGAAUAAAAUUACGGAGAGCCAAUAAAUGAGUGUGGGAGAGGA